UGCGACAAGAAAUUGUUCGAACUUUUUGACCGCGGUGUGAAUGAAGUUGGAUAACUCAAUAACAUCCCCAGCCUUCACGCCGGAGCCCACCACCACGGACGGAGCUGCGACAGAUUCCAUACCGACUAACCACGCUUUCCAUGGACGUCUAAUGUUGCAGCGCUCCCGCGCAUCCAGCCUUCCACCAUGACUUCGCUCCAGAAACAGCUCGCUGCCAUCGCCGCCUCGAGCACUCACCAGCUCGAUCUUAAGGCGCAGAAAGCUGCUCAUGGCAAGUCCCUACUGUACGAACCCAGAGUCGCCGCCUCGCAGUCUUUCGAGUCCAUAUACGUACUAUGUUGCGAGGGCUAUCGCGACCUCUGCGCCCUCGACCAGCGCUUUGUACCAUUUGCGCGGAACUUGUUUAGCGAACAGAGCAAGGAUGAGGACCGCGCCCAGAUGACCAAGAAGGAGAACGAAGAGCUAGACUCGGUCCUGGAAGCGUUUAUGACAUUGGUCGGUCCAAGAAUACUCUUGAAACCAGCUGAAAAGGCGUUGGAGUGGCUUGUCAGGAGGUUUCGGAUCCACGAAUACAACACGGAAUUUCUGGUCCUCACCUAUCUCCCGUAUCAUGCUACGCCUCAGUUCCUGGCUCUACUGUCUAUCUUGCCAUCAAAUCUCUCACCGGCUCUACGCUUCCUCCUGCCGUACUUGACACCCCCGAGCAAUCCCCCUCGGCAAGCGAUUGUGUAUGCCGCUGCGAAUACGCCCCCCUUCUUCACAGCCCUGCAGGGAUAUGUUGUCAGGGUCCUACAAGCUGGCCACGAGGGCCACAGCCUCCUGACCCUGUGGUCUGGGGUGACUGCACAAGCCGUCGAUGCUAUCUUCGAGCAGACGCGAUCCGGACGGCAGGAAAUUCAGGCGCAGCGUACGGAAGAAGCCCUUCUCCGGACGCUGCCCGUUCUGAACCAGUCUCUCAGAAUGAGAGACAUCCCGGAGGCGCUGCUGGGCAGCUAUGCGAUCAUAAUCAUCAUGGUGACAAAAGCCGUCUUGCCGGACAAGGUUCUUGAUUCUCUCAUGGAAGCUGUGGUCCGGAGUUAUGAGCCCGAAACGGCAGAAAGAUGUCUCAUGUGCUUGGCUGUAAUAGCCGAAGAGAGGUCGCAACCGCGCCUUCCAGCAGCUGUUGUGAAAGGAAUAUCCAAAAUCCAGGGACUGGUCUCCUUACUGCGAGCCCUGGCUUCUACUUGCACUGUUGCUAGGCUUGCGCUUGGAUGUGCUCUAGGAGAUUUAGAUCGUAAUGGGAAUACGCUUUCUUCCGGGGACGGCCAGACACUGUUCCUGGAUAUUGUGGAAUCUGGCCUUUUGAACGGAAGUUACCUAUCCACAUGUCUAAACACGGUGUUAGAGAAGAUUCGCAAUAGCCCUCCUGGCUCAACACAACAUAGUGUUUCCAUAGAUAUUGCGACCAGACUCUCGGAAUCACCACAAACGUUCCCUACACUGCGAAAGCUCCUGGAGAAGAAUAGCACCGAGUUUGAGUCUAUGGGUUUGUCCUUCCAGGACAGUCUCAUUGCCGAAGAGGUCCAGAGCGAGCGCGAGGAAGACGACGAGAUGCUUGAUUUGGAUCAGGUCGCUGAAUCAGGCCAUGAUAGCACUUCUAUUAUCAUUCCCACGAUCACAGCGACGAGCCUACUGGACCCAACAUCGCGGGACUCUUUCCUAGAAACUCUUGCUGCAUUUGAACAAGCCAUGAGCCUCAAUCGUCGGGCAGCUGGAUUCCUGAACUCCGAAGGACUCGGUCGACAAGACGCGUUUGAAAGACCUCUCUUCUUCAGUUUCUUGGCUCGAACUUGGUGUGCCCCUGUUCUUCCUUCGCUGAAAGUGCUAGCUCUUCGCUCAGCGAUCGCAUCUAUCAAGGAGCUCGACAGUGGGACGGAUCUGCAGCACCUGACUCCGUAUCUUCUCUGUGGACUGGCGGAUUCAGCACCCCCUGUACGGCGCGCCUCUGCGACUUGCAUCAGCCUACUUGCACAGAAAUCUGAACCUGCGGGAGCUUCUGCCACUCACACAGUGUGGGGUGCCUCCACUCUUUAUGGGAAAGAGUCCGCCAAGUUAUGUGCUCUUCCCAAGGGACAUCUUUCAGCUUUUCUGUCCUCAGAACUCGUCCAUAUCCUUGAAGCUUGUGUCCUGGAUCCGAACUAUAUCAUCACGUCGAUGCGGAACCUGUUUGAGAGUGGCCAGUCGUCCAAAACCCAUCAAGGCAGCAUGAAAUCGUCAGCAAAGGCGGCUUUGGCAUCUUUUAUGGCUAGUCAUGUUGCUCUGACACCGUCUUUGCGUGUACGACUAUGCCUGCUUCCUCUCUUCGGCUCGUCUGGGAAAUCCACGGGUAGCGCACGCCUCAGUACUAUACUGCCCGUUGUGCGCAGCUGGUGCCAACUCUCCGCCGGCGAAGUGUCGGAAACAUGCAGAGUCGAGAACAUAGAGGCUGGAGCUGCGGACAGAGAACAUGUAGCCACCCUGUUACCGCGGGAGCAAGAAAGCCUGGAGAUAUUGCGGGAGGUCCUUUCCGGUCGCGUGAGCGAAGGCCGUUUGGCCCUAGUUGAUGCAGCCUUCGAAAGGUUGACUGUGAUAUGGCUGUCCAUGAAGUCCGAAACACGAUUGUCUCUUGCUCAAACACUGCUAGAUCUUUCGCUGAAGGAUGAUUGCAAGACUGCUGUCCAGGAACAUUGCAAAUCUCGCUCCCUGGAGACAUUACGGAACCUCAAACUGGACACAGCCAUUUUGCUGGAGUUCAUAGAAAAUGCACCGGCCACGUUGCAAAUGCCCGAAGGUCCACCCGCAAAGAAGCGGAGAAGAACAAGCCGCAACGAGAUGGCGCGUUUAGAUAUGCAAUCGGCAGACGACGUCACGAGGAUCGUGCGCAAGCUUACCCUUAUUCUGGAGUUGAUAGAGGGAUCCAAUGCUGCGGAACAUACGUUGUUGUUCAAGAAGAUAUUCGCACUUUUCGGUGAUAUGCAGCAUCUCAAACAACAGAGCGACUCAGAACUCGUAUAUCUCCAAAGCUUGAUUCUUGGUUCGCUCACCCCAAUGGUCAACCAGCUGAAGAAUGAACCCGACACUUCCGACCUGCAAGGGUCCGUUCGUGUCGACCUGUUGAUAGAAUGCAUUCGCCAUUCCAGCAGCCCCCAGGUGCAGAAUGCCGCUCUUCUGCUCAUCGCAAGUCUGGCAUCAUGGGUGCCCGAACUUGUACUUCACAAUCUCAUGCCCGUCUUUACCUUCAUUGGGGCCACGCUUCUACAUAAAAAUGAUGAAUACUCCGCGCACGUCCUCGAUCAGACAAUCUCACGAGUAGUUCCUCAACUUGCCUCGUCCUUGAAGGUGAAACAUCAGAACUUCUUGACGGGCGUCGCCGACCUAUUGUUGAGCUUCACUGCGGCGUUCGAACAUAUUCCACCCCACAGAAGGCUAAAACUCUUCACUGAGCUGGCUCGCACUCUCGGCCCUGAAGAUUCGCUUUCUGCGAUUGUUGCUCUUCUGCUUAACAAACCAGUGACGUCGGCACCCCGCAAGUUCGUUCCCGAGCUGUUGCUUCAGUUCGAGCCAACGCUCACGCUUGAAACUAUCAGGGGUUACCUCCAUCUCAUGGCCGAUGCGGCUGGUCACAAACGGACCGUAUCUGAUACCCUUUUUGGCCUCAGUAACAUGGAACCGUCGCAGGUUGAGAGCAUGGUCAGCAGCCUUCUAUCAACCCUCGCGGAUUUAGCCACCAGCAAAUCGCUCCGAGGGCAUAUCGCCAAAGCCUUCAGGAAGAGUCGAAACCCUGCCAAACCUAGAGCUAUCUUUGCCGAUAUUGUAGAGGCAACCAUUCGUCUUUCAAAGAGCGUCGCAGAGAACGCCCGCAUACAACACACAUGCAGCCGCAUUCUGGCCAACUGCCUUGACCUGCUUCCAACGUCAGAUCUGAUCAGGACAGCUGAGCUCUUGCUUGUCAGUCCAGACUGUCAAAUCGCUCUCGCAGUGGUGAAAGCUGUCGAGAUCAGGGCGGGUCAUGUCAUCCAGAAUGAUGCCCAAUCUGUGCAAUCUCUGCUCUCGUUUCUCCGGCGACUCGACGAGCUAUUGCAACAACAUAACGAGGGUGAUGUAAAGAGCAUAGCAAUAAGCUGUAUCGAACGCAUUGUCGAGAGAUUUGGGAAGAAAGAUGUUGCCGCCGUAGGCAAAGUUGCGCGCACGAUAUCUGGCUCACAGUCGUUGAUGAGCACUGAGGACCGUGUCCGUAUUCUGUCGCUCAUCUGCUUAACAUCCAUCGUGGAUGUGCUUAGCGAAGAGGCCAUAUCGCUGCUGCCAACUGUCCUGCCCCAGGCAUUCAUAUAUCUGCAGGAGAGCAUCGACAAGGACAACAUCGGGUUGCACAACGCCGUUUUCAGUCUACUCUCCAAGGUGAUCGAACGGCUAGCAUUCGUCUUCACCAGCGAAUAUCUCGUGCCGGCCCUGGAGCUUGCACAUCAUUCGGCGGCCGGCGGGAUGGACGACGCCUGCGACGAGCAGAGAACAUUGUUUUACAGGGUGGUUGCAACCGGCAUUGGUGCGCAAGAAGCUUUUACCGCUAUCAAAACGACGUGGCCUUCAGCUCUAUCACAAGGAUACCAGGCCGCCCGGGAGCAUCUUGAUCUCCUCGCCCAGGCCAUUGACCACCAAACAAAGAAGAAGCUUAUCGCAACUAGCGCGGCGCUUUUCACCCUGCUAUCGGAGAUGUUUGACCUCCGAAAGGCAAUUCGUGAUGCUGAGGCAGAAGAAUCGAUCGAUGAGGACGAGAUUGAGGCUCUGGAAACGUCGCUCGUCAACUCGGUCAUCGCAAUGACGCUAAAACUGAACGACACCACUUUUCGACCUUUCUUUGUACAGCUGGUUGACUCUGCAUCAUCCUCAAGCGAUGAGGCGGCGGACUUGGAGCGCUCCGUCACUCUCUGCAAAUUCCUUGCGGUGUUCUUUGACAAGCUGAAGUCCAUCGUCACAAGCUACUCCAGCUAUAUCAUCGAACACCUCUCCCACCUCCUCACCUACUUGGCCACGCACCCAGCGGACUCCCCCACUCUAGCUAAGGCGGUCCUGGACACCCUUCACAACUCCUUCAAGCACGACCAAGACUCUUUCUGGCAAGCUCCCUCGCACUACGGCGCAAUCCUGGAACCCCUCCUCAAACAGCUCACGGUCGACUCUCCGCUUCUUCUGGCUGAACACGUCAUCCCCACCAUCACGGAACUCGCGGUCGCGUCGUCCUCAUCUACGGACAAUCACCGCCAAAUGAACUCCAUCCUACUCAAGUACAUGCGUGCAGAGGAAGCGCAUACGCGCUUGGCAACAGUCAAGUGCGAACAAGGUCUGACGAAACGACUUGGAGAAGAAUGGUUAUCGCUUCUGCCUGAGAUGUUGCCGUUUAUCAGCGAGUUGCGGGAGGACGACGAUGAGAUGGUGGAGAGGGAAACACAGAGGUGGAUCACCAUGGUGGAGGAGAUCCUGGGCGAGGAUCUAGAGGGCAUGUUGCAGUAGUCGCAGGCGCAUCCUUGGAGGAUAGAGUAUCUGUGUGUUGUGUACAUUGCAUAGUGGCUGGUCGUACAGCUGUAGGAAGUUUGGGCGUUUGGAAAAGUAUUCGGUAUUGUAACCCAGCGGUCACCAAUGUCGUAAGCAAGAACUCGUAUGAUGC